UAUAAAUAGUGUGAUCUCCAAAAACACAGACACACCAACCGGAGUGAUCUAAACCUCCUCCUCCUCCUCGUACACCCCCCUUUCCAACAUCCGCGCGUUUACUAUCGAGCUCACACACAUACAUACACACAUACACACACAUACAGAGCGAGCGAGAGAGCGAGAGAGAGAGCCGCGCGUUAGGGUCGUUUAAAGUGGAUUUGUGCCAUCAGGAGCGCUUCGUCUCCAGCCAUGGAAGAGCUCACAGCGUUCGUGUCGAAAUCCUUCGACCAGAAGAGCAAGGAGAGCAGUAAAGAGAGCAUCACGUACAGGGAAGUUUUGGAGAGCGGCUUAGCGCGGGCCAGGGAGCUGGGGAACUCGGAUGGCAGCCUGCAGGACAUUACCGACAGCAACACACACUGUCCCGUACAUCUAUUCAAGGAACACGUGGAGCUGGACAAGGACAAGCUGAAGGAGUUUAACGUGGCCAGGGCGAGCGACGGGAUUUAUGAGUGCAAAGAAAAGAAGGAAGAGGUGAAAUCGGAGGACGAGGACGCCCAGGGUAAACUGAAACAGAGACGGAGCAGGACAAAUUUUACCUUAGAGCAGCUGAAUGAACUGGAGCGCUUGUUUGAUGAGACGCAUUACCCGGACGCGUUCAUGCGAGAAGAGCUGAGCCAAAGACUGGGGCUCUCUGAGGCCAGGGUUCAGGUAUGGUUUCAGAACAGAAGAGCAAAAUGCCGAAAACAAGAAAACCAGAUGCACAAAGGUGUGAUUUUGGGCUCCGCCAGUCACUUGGACGCAUGCAGAGUCGCUCCCUACGUUAACAUGGGCGCCCUGAGAAUGCCAUUUCAACAGGUCCAAGCGCAGCUCCAGUUGGAGGGGGUGACCCAUUCGCAUCCCCACCUGCACCCCCACCUGGCAGCACAUGCUCCUUACCUGAUGUUCCCUCCUCCACCGUUCGGACUACCAAUCGCAUCGCUGGCAGACUCAGCCUCGGCAGCGGCCGCUGUAGCAGCGGCUGCCAAGAGCAACAGCAAGAAUUCCAGCAUCGCUGACCUGCGACUCAAGGCAGGACUGCUUGGAGGCCACUGGCUCAGCCCUUUCCAGGCCCAGAUCACAGCCCCAGGACCAUACAAAAAUAUCUGGAUGUCUGUCUGAAACCCAGCGAUUAAGAGUGGCGACUCUUAGAAAAUGAGCAAAGCAAAAGGCAGACUCAGAGAGACUGAGGGAAGAUAGAGCUUGGUCAGUACUCUCAGAAUGAGUGUCUCAAUACUCAAAAGUUUGGAUUGUCAGCCACAGAGAGAGAGAAAAAAAGCAACGGCCAUAUUUGUCUCCACCCACUGUGUUUGUGCUGCUGCCAAGAGCAUGUGUUAAAAUGAAGGAUAGUUCUAAUGGGGAGGGCCUCCAUUGUAACUGACAUUCACCCUGUUAUGACAACCUUCCAUCAUAGUACCACGCACCCAGUUUAUAUAUAGUUUUUUAUUUUUUAAAUCCACAAUGGCCAGAGAUCGGAGGCAGCACUCACACCAAGAGUACAAUCACGAAAAUUAAAUUUCUCUUGCUUAUUCUUACAGAUUUUGGAGGAAACACUACACAUAGUGAAAUAUAUAUCCUGUAUAUUUCCUCUGGGCAUGGGUCUGAAGGACUUUAGCUUUCAUAGCUUUCAUUUUCCAUCAUUUUGGCGCUCUCUUUUCUUUUGCUACGUGUAUUGGGAAUAGAAGUGGAACUAGCUUUUGCACUUCAGGUCUUGUAUCAAGGUGUUUUCAAUCCUUGUUGCAAGAAAAUACUACUUCUAUACGAGGGUGAAAUUGGGGUUUCGUCAAAAUAUAUUGAAAUGACAAAAAUAAUAAAAGGGUCACUGCAAUUUUCUAAUUUAAGGUAUUAUGGAAACAUCAGUUUAACUGAAAUGCAAUUAUGUGCAGUUAAGUGCAAUACUGUAAAUAUGAAAAAAAAAACGAAAAAAACAAAAUAAAAAACAAAUAGCAGUUGAUAUUUGCUAAUCAACAAACGACAAUUUCUUUUGGCACUGAUAUUGAUGUAUUCCUAGUUGUUUUUCACAGACACAUUUUUUUCAGGCCGUGUAAAUGAUAAGUUGCUAAGUCAUUUGCACUUGUGUGCCAUAACUCCCCACGUGUGAUGGUACUCAAACAUAGUUUUGCAUAUGUACAUUUGAAUCUCGACAAUACACUGAGGUAGACCAGGCAAAAAAUUGAUUCUCUACAAAUAUACAGCAAUUACUUUAGCAUCAUAGGCUUUUCUGGCUAAAAUUGCCCACCAAAGACUACCCUUCAAUAAUAGUACUUAGUGCAACUUAAUGAAUGGAUCUUCUACAGAAGCAUCUACAAGAGUAAAUUGUUUUUGAACACUUUUGAACAGUGUAUCAUAUUUUUUAUCGCAUAGACACAAAUGCCAGUCAUUAGCUUUUGCCAUCAAAGGAACUAAAUAUAAUAUUAUGAGGAAAUAGACGGUUUUGUUUGCAAGCCCGUUGUUUGUAACAGAUUUCCAUUUGUUUCGAUAUAAACUGCCUUUGAGCUAGUAGAUCCUAGUUAGGUCUACCUCAGACAAUAAAUUAUACAUUGUGGUACAGUUUUGUUGUUCACUUCAUUAGGGUAUUUAGGAAUGUUUCUGUUUCUUAAAGUGAGGUCAUAGGUUCUUUUAUUUAUUAUUUUAUCUGAAAGUUUAUAAAUGUUAAAUGGUCUAAUUUCACAUGUACAUUUUUACAUGGCUUUGCAAUUAUUUUUAUAUACUUUUUAAAAGCUAACAUUUACAACAGUUUGAAACAAACAUGUGAUUGCCAAACAUUUGUUUGACUAAAAAUGUAGCGUGUCUGAGUUUACAAACAUUUCAGGGACGAUGGAGAACAUGAUCAAACUUUGUGUUGAAAUUUUCUUGAUGCUCCAUGAAAUUUGUUGUAUCCCAUAACUGACAUUUCAUAUGAAAGCAUGCCCAGACAUGAUUUGCCAUUGGGUUUGUAUUUUUUUCUGUUGUUUCAUAAAAAAAUGAAUGUACAUCUUGUACAAGUAAACUAUCAAUAAAAUUAUAAAUAUUUGUAAUAAGGUUUAUAAUGUGUUAUGUGUCUCUAAAUUUGGUUUAAAAAAAAUAAAGACGGUUCCAUGGAAAAAACCUGCACUUUCUGAAAAAAUGCACCUUCUGGAACAUUUUUAUGCUGAGGUGAAGAAACACUCAAUCCAGUUAAA